UUUUACACAUUCGAAACGUAGAAAAAAUGUUCGAAAUCACUGUUGGCGGCAGUGCGAGAUAUGAUAAUUCACCGCAUUCAUUUCUCUCUUGCACUUUGUAUUUUGUGCCGUAUAAUUUUUGCUUUAGUUUUAUAGUGAAUAAAUAUACACGAAAGUUCUUAAAUUUCACCUAAAGUUUAUUGCCUUAUUUUUGUAAUAAAAAAUAAGUAAUGGCUUCUGUUCGCUUGUUGAGCAACACCACACGAAUUUCGUGGAUAUCAUCGCGAAUUAGGAGCUUCUCGCCAGCUGCAGUCAGUCUGCAGAGAUUCGCCAGCGAUGCCACUGCCCAGAAGCACAUGCAGACGAAGGUGGUGGACGGAGUUCUCGUGGUGACAUUGGAUUCUCCCAACGUGAAGGUGAAUUCUCUGGGCGAGGAAGUCAGCAGGGAGUUCGAGAAUGUGCUCAGGGAUCUGGAGACUAAUGCCGCGGUGAACUCGGCAGUGGUGAUUUCAGCGAAACCGGGAUGCUUCGUCGCCGGGGCGGAUAUUGGAAUGUUGGAGAAGUGCAAGACUGCGCAGGAAGGUCAGAGAGUCUCUCACGAUGGCCAGAUCAUGUUCAACAGGAUAGAAAAGAGCAGAAAGCCCGUUGUGGCGGCAAUUAAUGGUGCUUGUCUGGGUGGGGGAUUGGAGCUGGCGUUAGCCUGUCACUAUAGAAUCGCCACAAAAGACAAGAGCACAAGCCUGGGACUUCCGGAAGUGAUGCUGGGUCUACUGCCCGGCGCCGGUGGCACACAGCGACUUACUCAGCUGACCUCAAUUCCAACGGCCCUCGAUUUGGCACUCACAGGAAAGUACGUAAAGGCCGACAAGGCGAAGAAAUUGGGGAUUGUGGACUUACUGGUGACCCCACUCGGCCCAGGACUUCAGCCUGCUGACGUUAAUACCAUGCAGUACCUGGAGAAAGUGGCGGUGCAAGUGGCAAGGGAAUUGGCAACGGGAAAGCUGAAGGUGGAUCGCGAGAAGAAGGGCUUCGUGAACAAGGCCAUGGCGUUUGCACUGGACAUUGGUUGGGUGAAGGACAAGGUGUUCGGAAAGGCCAAGGAACAAGUGAUGAAGCAAACUGGAGGUCUUUAUCCGGCUCCUCUGAAGAUCCUUGAUGUGAUCCGAACUGGAACUGACAAAGGAACUGAUGCAGGAUACGAAGCUGAACGUGUUGCUUUUGGCGAACUCUCACAAACACCUCAAUCUAAAGGUCUUAUUGGACUGUUUAGGGGUCAAACGGAGUGCAAGAAGAAUCGCUUUGGCAAGCCGAGUCUUCCAGUUAAGACCAUUGGUGUUCUGGGAGCGGGUUUGAUGGGCGCAGGAAUUGUUCAGGUGAGCGUCGACAAGGGUUACAAUGUUGUCAUGAAGGACACCACCGACGCUGGACUCAGUCGUGGUCUGGGACAAGUGCAGAAUGGCUUCGAGAAUGCGGUGAAGCGAAGACGACUCUCAGCACUUGAUCGCGAUAAGCAUAUGGCCAAUCUCACGUCAACACUCAGCUAUGAACCAUUCAGAAAGGCUGAUAUGGUCAUUGAAGCUGUCUUCGAGAAUUUGAACAUCAAGCACAAAGUCAUUAAGGAAUUGGAGGCUGUUGUUCCAUCUCACUGCAUCAUCGCCACAAACACGAGUGCAAUCCCCAUUACGAAGAUCGCCGCAGGAAGCUCGAGGCCAGACAAAGUGAUUGGCAUGCAUUACUUCUCGCCAGUGGACAAGAUGCAAUUGCUGGAGAUCAUCACGCAUCCGGGAACGUCGAAGGAGACUAUCGCGAGUGCUGUGGCGGUGGGAUUGAAGCAAGGAAAGGUGGUUAUAACUGUUGGUGAUGGGCCUGGAUUCUACACAACGAGGAUCCUUUCCACGAUGAUCUCCGAGGGAAUCAGAAUACUGCAGGAAGGCACCGAUCCAAAGGAUCUAGAUAAGAUGACAAAGUCCUUCGGCUUCCCAGUGGGAUGUGCAACACUGGCUGAUGAGGUGGGCAUUGAUGUGGGAGCGCACAUCAGUGUGGAUCUGGCCAGGGAAUUGGGCGAGAGGAUCAGUGGAGGAGAUCUGCGAUUGCUGGAGGACAUGGUGAAGGCUGGAUUUUUGGGUCGCAAGUCUGGCAAAGGCAUUUUCAUCUACGAAUCAGGCAGUCGUGGAUCGCGUGAAGUGAAUCCGGGCGCCCUUGAGAUUCUCAGGCAGAAGUAUCCGCUGGUCUCCAAAGGUGCCAACGCUGUGGAGGAUCUCCAGCUGAGAAUGGUGUCACGGUUCGUGAAUGAAGCUGUUUUGUGCCUUGAAGAGAAGAUCCUCGACAAUCCGCUGGAGGGUGACGUGGGCGCAGUGUUCGGGCUGGGCUUCCCGCCAUUCUCCGGAGGGCCAUUCCGAUGGGUGGAUCAAUACUCAGCGGGCAAGCUUGUGGACAAAAUGCUCACGUACGCAGAUCUGUAUGGAGCUCCUUUCAAGCCGGCUCAAACUCUCCUCGACAUGGCGAAGGAUUCCUCGAAAAAGUUUCACAAGGCGAACUAGGGUGUUUUAGCGAGACAUCACAGCACUGAUUGAGGUAACAUUUCCAACAAAUUUCAUAUAAGAAUGGCAGCAGAGAGAGAAAAUAAACUACAAGGAACAAUUCAAUGCCCCUUGUGCUAUCACACACAUUUCUUUGAUGCCUACGAAGAAUUAUAAAGUCAAUUAAUUUAUUUAGAAAACCGAAAUUAUUUUUGGCACCGGUCGACUGAUAUUCGAGAUGAUUCAGUUGUACAAUUUCACACAGAGCUUCACUUUAUUGCCCCGACAUUCAAAUCCACCACGCGAGAGGGACAAACUAUAAUCGAUUUUUUUUUAAACUUAUUUGUCUUCACAAGAGAUUUGUCGAGGCACUUCGCAAAGUCCUUUGCGCUCUCUCUGCCUCCUGUUGUUGAAAAACACACAAAAUGACGAAAAUGAUGUUAGGAAAAAGUAGCGAAUAUUCAAAUGCAAAAAGAGAACACAACACAUCGAACUACUUAAAAAUAGGAUCAAUCUUACAUUUUGUAAUACACAAUAGAAAGUCUAUGGUUAUUUUUUCUCUUCAUUAUUCUAAAUUGAGCAUUUCUCCCUCUCUUCGGAAUGAGUAAGACAAAUUUUUAUACUGUUUAUUCUGUAAGUCGCAAGUGAGGAAAUUAAAUUAUCAUGUUUUUUCUUAA